AGAAGCGGCUGUGUUUCCAUGGAAAUAUUUUAUGCUUUCUGCAGCGUGCGUUUUGUCGUUUAUCAGCAAAUUAUUCAGAAUUAUGUAACGUUAGCUGGUUUUAAGCACUCGGUUGUUGUAUGAGGCACUGGCUGUGUGAGAGGUGAGGAUGGCGGAUGUGGUGCUGGGUGUUGGGACAGGUGUGUUUAUCAUCACUUUAAUCUGGAUACUGACUCUCGCGCUCACUAUAAUUCUGUCGCGCGCCACCGGCCCAACAAAGUUGGGUAUUAUCCCUGUAGUCCUUCUGGCACUCAUAAUCACACUGGUUUUAGUGUUUUUCCCGCGCGCAUCUGAAGUUCCCGCCCCUCAGAGAGAAGUUCAGAUCGUGGAUAUGUUCUUCAUCGGCCGCUAUGUGCUCCUGUCCUUGGUGAGCUUGGUGUUUUUGGCAGCCCUGUUCAUGUUGCUGCCCUUACAUUUCCUGGAGCCCAUCUAUGCCAAACCCCUGAGAACACACUAGACCACGAGGCUCUCUGUGCCAAACUCCUACAGAUAUCCCAGAGCGGGGCAGCCAACCUGGCAGCGUCCUCCAUCAACGAGCCCUGCUUGAGAUGAGAGGAGAGCAGAAGGUUCCAGAGCUUUUGUCUUCCUGGCCAAAUCAAAGAUGUCCACAUCUUUCAGAGAGACCAGCACAGAGCAUGUGCUUCACCAGUGUUUUCAGAAGGGCGUGGGUGGGGUGCCCUUGAAGGUUUUCAUGUCCAGUUUCAAAGUUGAAUAUGUAAUUGUUGAAUAAAUGUAUAUAUAUUGUAGAGCCAAGUAGAUGCUUUGAGCCCAGAAGCAGUAGAUCGAAGAUUUUUUUUGGAAAUAGGCUCAUUUUACAAGUUCCCUAGAGUUAAACGGUCAAGUUUUACCACUUUUUGGAUCCAUUUAGCUGAUCUCUGGGUCUGGAGGGAACACGUUUAGCUUAGCUUAGCAUAAAUUUAGAAUAGGUUUAGAUAAUUUUCCUAUUUAAAGCUCUUCUUUAGUUAUAUCAUGUAGUUACAAUGACAUUAUACAGCACCUGAAAAUAGUCUUCAGCUAGGUAACAGUGCUGUUUAAUAUCAUUGUGCCUGCUGCAGCCAUGGUAGCAGAGUAUCACUCCAGAAUGGGAGUAUAGUUCCUAGACAUAUCUACUAUUUGUUUUCCAUCUGUCUUGGUAUACACAAUGUAACAACUGAAGAUCAAGAUUAUACAUGCUAAUCUUAUUCAAAGAUGUACAGUAUGCUAAUGGCCCGUUUCCACUGACUGGUACAGUACAGUACGGUACCGGUCGGUACGGCUCACCUUUAUUAGGCUUGUGUUUCUACUGUCUAAAGGGUACCAAGGGUGUGGGGUAUGACAGAAAGUUUCCAUGAACUCUCACUCUAGGAAAUCUCACUCAAAGUAAAGCUAUACAGGUCAUUCACAUCACAUUCACACGAGGAGCACUUCUCACAACACCGAUGCUUCAUACACAUAAAUACUUGUGUUCAUUACUAACUUUUCUAUAGACAUGACUUGAUUAUAACUGCCGAUCAAUGACAAAAAUAGCCUACUGUAACAUCUGCAAUUAUAUUAAAUAAAUAAAUAAAUAAAUGCAAUAUAUAUGAACACAUACAGACCCUUACAGUCUCCGAUAUGUUAUCAAUUACCGUAAACUACACACAGUUCAAAAACAACACGCAACAUAUAGCCUAGUCAGUACAAACCUCUCAUCUGCAUUUUAAUCUUCACCAGCACACCUCUGUUAAAAAGUAAUUCCCUUCAUAAUAGUCCAAAAGGCGAUGAUAAACCAGGCAGUUUGUUCAUGUUUUAGGUUGCUGAAAGAAUCAUUUGCUCCUUUGUUUUUUCCGGCUUCGCCUUUGUUUUUUCGCGAUUUACUCUCGUGUUUGUCCGGUUCAGAAAAGAUGUCAGAAGCACUUCAAUAAUCACACGCACGUUAUUAUCAUCAGCUCAAGAAGUUCAUUAUUUCAAAUAUAAACACAAGCGAUCGCGAGUUCCCUGGAGAAAGUGAAACCACUCGCACUUUUAGACGGCCUCAUAAAACAAAAACAGAACACAGCAGAUUUUGCUCAUCUUGGCUUGUGGCAGUUCAUCAAGACAACGACAAGGUUUGUUUGAGCUCGGAUCAACCAUGGCUCGUUAUUAAAUGCAUAUAGUAUUACGAUGUAAUGUCUCAGCUGUGUAUUUAAAAAUGGCGGUUCCUUUGUUUUCAUUCUCCUGCUUGUGUAUGCAUGAAUGACGUUUCUCUGUAAACCAAUAGCAUUCAGCUGCAUGUCUAGCUACGCCUUUUGUUACCCUUUUGUUGUGCUAGGUACCCUUUGCAAAGGGUACUCAAAAAGUGGUAUGGUACGGUUAGCUUUUAGGUACCUUUUGACAGUGGAAACGACCAUAAAAGUGUACCGAACUGUACCGUACCAUACCACUCAGUGGAAACGGGCCAUAAGCUAAGCUAAAGUGCUGGUUUUAAAAUGUGUAAAGUGAAUGGGUUUUAAAAUGGUAAAAUUCAACUGUUUAACACUAGGUGACUUGUAAAACGAGCCUUUUCCAAAAAAAGAAAAGUGGCGUGUUGCUUUAAACUUAAAACUCAUAAACUAUUUAAAAAAGAAAUAAAUCAGAGUUCACAAUUCAAGAAUGGCCUCUUAAACAGUGUAGCUCAUUGAGAAGAAGCCCUUUACUUUUUGGAGUGAUUGGACUUGGAUUGCUAAAACUAGGGAAAAAAUACCAUUAUAAUAUUUGCAAUUUUCAAAAGCGCAUUAUAGUAAUGCGAGAGUACACCCCUAUAAUGCCAAAGUGCAAAUCUUUCCAAUCACAGACAGAUUUCCUUUUGCUCUUAAACUAAACUAGAUGCAUGCUCUCGAAUAUAAAAUUACUUUGUAUCAAUUUCUUCUGUAAUUCAGAUUUUAACUUUGUCUUAUGUCUUGUGCUGGAAUCAAAUUUCUGUUUGCUUCAGGAUUAAGUGUUUCCAAAAGCUGUUAUAUUCCACAAAUGCCAAUUAAAACGCUUCAUGAAAUCUUCAGAGUG